GUUUUGUAAUGUGUCCAAAAACGUACAUACGGGAGACUCCUGAUGCAAGAAGAGCUAUCAUUGUCAAAGGAAUUACGGUGCGACCAUUAGCGAUCCAAUUCCUACAGCCCGAGAUCAUGAAAGCAAAGAUACCCCGUCGCAUCACUGUAGAAACACGUUAGUCAGGUCAUUCAUGCCACUCACCCAGAAAAUGAUGAGAUGAUGAUGUCAUCAGUCACUGAGAAUAACAGAAAAAUCCAGUCUACGCAAUGAAAACCUUGCACCCGGCCGACGCACAUGCUAUGGCCGAAGGCAAAUCAAUUGGUGCGAGAUACAGACAAUGGUCAUGCCCUGGCGUGACAGCGGAAAAUUCCCUGGAGGGGGAAAGGCGUCCACGAGAAUCAGUGGCAUGUGUACUUAUCACAGAUAAGUACAAACAAGUACUGUGCAGACAAAUACAUACAUGGUAUGGAACAAGACCUACGUACGAUGAUGCACAUACGGAUCGCACAAUGAAUGCGAUGAUGCACGUAUGGAGCAUUUUCAGACAAAGACGGUGGGUGGAAUGGGAUGCGGACAGAAAUAGAGCCGUGCGAUGCCCAGGCCGCCUCUCACGGAGCAAAUGGACCUGAUAGACACACGCAACAAUAGAGACACACGCAACAAUCCGGCACAAGAUGUGAGCCCACGAUGCUCAACCGUCUCUCAGUGCGCAAUGUCUCACCUAGCAAGUUGCAGCGGAUCUCUCCCGCAGGGUUGCGCACCGUGUGGACAUUGAUGUAUACUCGCGCAGCCUUGAUGGCAUUCACCAGGGCGAGCAAAGGGUGGCCCGCCAGUUCGCCGACCAAAUCAAGAUCGCCAAAUGGUGCAUCUGAUUGCAACAGCCACGUGCAAUGUGUGCCAAGAGGCCGUCCAACGUGUUUCCUGAACGACUCACCUCUGACCACCACCCCGGUGAGAGGCACUGGGUCGCCGGGAGGGAUCAUCGUGUUGCCGGACAGCUCUGCUCCCGUAAGCGGAGUGGGGGGAAGUACCUCGUCGCUGGGGAAGGUCUGAAAGCUGUUGAAAAGUACUUGAUGACAGCUGGCUAUGUCGACACCAUUUCUUUGUUUGACCUACCUGUUGGAAAGGAUAAAUCCGACAACUCCUCCUGUACACGGAGCAGCAGGGCCCGGCUCUUCGAGGGUCGGUGUGGGCGUCCCAGUCAAGGUGCCCUGAUAUGGAGAAGCGGAGAAUGCUUGUUGCUUUGCUCAUUCGUUGUGUGCAACGUGCUGAUCGGUGUGCUCAUCGAGUGCUUACUUCCUCGCACAAGUGGAAAUGCACACCGAUGACGUCCGUCAGGUUGUCGAGCCGCAGCGUCACAAACAGGAGGCUCUGACUGGGGUCAUACUUAGCCGGAAGACGCCUGACGAGACAGACAUCUCCAUUGUUGUUUGCACAUCCUGUUUUCUGACGGACAGACUGCCGGCCAUUCGUACCUGAGAGGUCGGCACCGUUCGGGAUGUCAGGAAUGGGCUGCUCGACCUCUGCAACACACACAACCACACCACAGAGCAUCAGUCCGAACACUCUCCUUUUCUUCUGCUCUACUCCGGACACCACCUGUGCUGCAAGGGAUAGUGAUAGGUGUCUGUGGGAAUUGCUUCCUGUCCUUCACGAUCUUCGGACCCCCCUUGCCGGGCCCAGUGGCGCCGGGCUUCUUCCCGCCGCCCUUCUUCGAGCUGUGAUGCUGCCCGACAGCGACGGCCAGGACCAGGAAAAUUGCGAAGAGUCGAGCCAUGUGGGCAAGCGAAGAAAGCAGAGAGCUGGAAGUUGUCGGAAGCUGGGGAGAAAUGAUGA